AGGAAGUGUUGCUCUCAGGAUACCUCUGUGGUGGGUGUGAUACCGGAACUGGAGCGAGAAGGCAUCGGACGAUCUUAGAACCUUGGGCUUCCUGUGUGAUUUCUAUUUGAAGGAUGAGUUGGGCAAACAGGACAGUUCUUUUAAAUCCAAAGAGAGAGCGAACAGAAGAUCUAUGAUUGAAGGACCACUCUCGUUUCAUAGUGGGGCUCAAGUCCGCUUACCCCCUUCUCUGGUGCCCUCAUCGAUUAAAUGAAUUCUGUCUCUCCAUCUGCUAUACAAUAUGGGAGCCCAGAGAGGCUAAGGAAGAGAGAUGACCUCAGUACCCUAAGCAAGCAUCAUGUGCAACCCAAUAUGGGCUACCAAGAAGCAACUGGAGAAGCAGAGGCAGAUGAGGUGGAUAAAUUAAAGAGCAAAUUGAUGACUGCAUGGAACAAUGUAAAAUAUGGCUGGACAGUGAAAAUUAAAACUACCUUCAGCAGAUCACCACUGUGUCUUGGAGAACAAUACCAGUUUAGAUUUGAAGAUAGUAUCAAACAGUUCCAAAAAGAUUUCGUAUCCCGUAUCUGGUUGACAUACAGGCGAGACUUUCCUGCUUUGGAUGGGACAACCCUCACGACAGACUGUGGAUGGGGCUGUAUGAUCAGGAGUGCACAGAUGUUACUUGCACAUGGUCUGCUUGUGCAUCUUCUGGGUAGAGACUGGCUGUGGCCGGAAGCCUUAGUCACCAACAUGCUUGACAUGGAAACCUCUCCUGGUAUGCCAAAGAGCUCCCCAGCUUCAUCAUCCUUCUCCAACCCAGAUCACAGCUGCUCGUCCUUCAGUCAUCAGUCCCAACGACGCUCUGCUCCGCAACCCCACCAGGAGCAAAUACACAGGGAUGUCCUACGAUGGUUCUCUGACCACCCUGGAGCACCUUUUGCGCUGCAUCGCUUGGUGGCGUUGGGGAGCAGCUUUGGAAAAAAAGCAGGGGAUUGGUAUGGACCCAGUAUUGUAGCCCACAUUAUGAGAAAAGCUUUAGACCAUACGUCUCAAGUACCAGAACUAUCUGUCUAUGUGUCUCAGGAUUGUACAGUGUACAGGAAGGAUGUUGAACAGCUGUUGGACGCAGAAGAUCUACCUUCAGAUGUAUGUAGAAAAAGGAAGGCUGUUAUAAUUCUGGUACCUGUUCGUCUGGGAGGUGAAACCUUCAAUCCAGUGUAUAAAGACUGUAUUAAGGCGUUUUUGCAAAUGGCAUCCUGUUUGGGCAUUAUUGGAGGAAAACCUAAACAUUCUCUAUACUUCAUUGGGUACCAAGAUAAUAAUCUGUUAUAUCUAGACCCUCACUACUGUCAGCCAUACAUUGAUACCAGCAAAGAUGACUUUCCUUUAGAGUCGUUCCACUGUACUUCCCCAAGGAAAAUCUCCAUAACCCGAAUGGAUCCAAGUUGCACUUUUGCCUUCUAUGCCAGAAAUCAAACAGAAUUUGAUACACUAUGCAGCCACUUAAAAAAAGUGUUAAAUUCUCCAUCAUCAGAAGAGAAAUAUCCCAUCUUCAGCAUUAUAGAUGGGCAUGCUCAAGCAUACAGCAGUGAGGAGGGGGCACGGAUUUCCUCUCUCCCCAUUACUUGCCGUAAGAAAGUGGGAUUGUCAAAGAGACACAGCUCAGACGAGUUUGAAUUCCUAUAACAGGAAUGCACUAACUUACCUUUCUAGAAGUAAACUUGAGGGUAGAUUGACACUGCUGUAUAACCCACAUAGGACAUGUUAGCCUUUUCAUUGCCUUUUGAGUUUGCCUGGAGCAGAGUCCCCGUAAUGGGGGAUAGGAUCAUCAUUAGGUGUUUGCUUAUAAUUAGAUCUUGAUUUCACUUGUUUUUAAACUAUAAAAGAUUUUGUCAGGCUGCUAUAAUGAAGAUGGUCGGCCAGCUGAUUCCAGCAGCAACAAAGCAUUCAAAAUGUUGCCUGUUUGGGCAUUUUAAAAAGUGGCAUUAUUUAGACCAGGGGUCAACAACCUUGGCACCCCAGAUGUUUUUGAACUAUAUUUCCCAGUAAAGAGUGUCUAUGCAUCAUGGGAAAUGUAGUUCCAAAACAUCUGUGGUGACAAGGUUGCUGACCCCUGAUUUAGACUGUUGUAAUUUUCUAAACAGUGGUAUGAUCCAUUAAACCCAGUUCUAACCCUAUUUCCUGAAGAAGCGCCACGGUUUAGAAACACCCAGCAACCAGGUUUGCCCACAGUUCUUAAUAUCGCAACAGUCUACCAAUUUCUGAACCUGAGUGUUGUUUUAAAGCUUGACAGAACCUCCAUUGAUCAUUUAACAAUAAGCUAAAAUACUGCAUAUAAAUAUGUAGUUAAACUCGCCAUGCAGGUAGGAUCAUUUCAUUAUAUUUAUAAAGUCAUUUAAUAGUUACAUUUUUAAGUCACCUUAGUACCCGUUGAACAUAUAACUGGAUCUGAAUCUGUUCAUAGGGAUACCCUAUUAUGUUUUUUUUUAAAGGGACAUAUGCCCUAUCAGACAGUGAGCAUCGGCUGUACACAAACAUGCAGUUUCUGCUAACUUCACUUUAUUUUAACCGUUUUUAUUAAACUUGAAUGCAAAAAAUGUUUAACGUUUGUUGCACUUUAAAACACAUGAUAGAAAACCUGUGACUAUUGCGUCCCUUUACAAAGAGACGUAAACGUUGCAGUAAUAUCACACAACCUUGUGAAAUAAUAAUUACUGUAUGCAGUACUCCUAGUUACACACUUGUAGGAAUGAGAAUUAGGCAGGGGCAAAUAUUCAUUUACUAAACAUUGGCUAUUUUUGGUGCCAGAUUUAUAAGUUUAAAGGUACAACACACAAAUCCGGCAUUGAAAAUGCACCCAUAUUUAGUAUUAGUGUAAUACGAACACUUGCCCAUGCCUAAUGCGCAUUCUAUGGCACAACAGCGCUCUCAUUGCAGUUAGUGGCCUAAGUAUAUAGUUAUUACUCUCUUGCUGUAAAAUGUUUUUUUUUUUUUUUUAUGUCAUCUGAAUGUAAACAUUAUGGGGUUUAUCACAAUCCUUUAAGUUAAUCUAAGGAUUUUCUUCAAAAUUCACUACUCAAGACUGAGGAUUUUUAUGAUAAUGAUUUGAUAAACUUUUUCUUAACAUCUUAUGUACCCUGUAUGUUAGCUGUCCUUUUUCAAUGUUAGGGGUUAAAUAGCACAGCUCUCGCUAUUGCUGAAUGCCUCUGAGACGUAGUAAAAGUGUGUCCUGCUGCUUUCGGCAAUACCCAUGUUAAUCGUUAACCCCUUAACGUCCACAAUGUACCCUGUAUGUAAGUUUUUUUUUUGUGUGUGUGGUUAUAAUAGGAUACGUCGCUGAUCGUUAAGGAUUGUGAUCAACCCGUUAGUAAAUUGAUCAUUGUACAGUGUGUGAUUUAAACUGCCUCAAGUCAUCAGUGACACAUUACUGUCAUUGGCCUCUAAGGAUGUGACCAUUUAGAGUCACUGUCCAUUUACUGCACUGAUUUUUAGGACUACUCUAUUUAAAAUUGUUAUGGAUACCAUCUAAUUCCACUGCUGAUAUUUUCUUGGAUAACUUUAUGUAACCUGUCAGCCUGCUAUUAACAAGACGUUCUUAUUACUGCUGAAUUUAAACAGACGUUUUAGUGAAAAAAAGUAAUGCUUUAAGUCAUCAGCUUGUAAUUUUAGUACUACCGACACUUAAAAGUCACAAACUUGCUGAUUUGAUUGUGUCAGCUGGAGAUCAAGAGAUGUGUGGCUCUGGAGCAGUACUUUGGUUUUAACCCUUUGCAGGGUCAGUAGUGCUAAAAUGACAUCCUAUAACGAACUAGAACAUUCUAUUUUUGCUCUAAUUCUGUUAAAGGGACAGUAAACCUUAAAAAUAAUGUUAUAUAAUUCUGCACAUAGUGCAGAAUUAUGUAACAUUAUAUUAGCCAAACUUUAUAAAACCUAAUGUACCCUUUUAAUUUUUUUUUAAAAAACGGCUGUUUUACAGACCCGCUCUCUGUACUCUGCUGAGCGGGUCUGUUAUAUUCACACAGCGCAUCGUGCCAGCUGUAUAGUUACAGCCCGGCCCGACCGCGACAUAAGACUAAGUGCAGCUCGCUCCUGCUGUCAGACAGAGCGGGUCUGUAAAACAGCCGUUUUUAAAAAAAAUUAAGAGUAAAAGUUUGGCUAAUAUAAUGUUAUAUAAUUCUGCACUAUGUGCAGAAUUAUAUAACAUUAUUUUUAAGGUUUACUGACACUUUAAGAGCCAUUGGGAUCAGGAAAAAACCUAGAAGCCUCACUAACUUUACCAUUUCUCUCUAAAAUAAAUACAAAAAAAAAUGUUCUGCUAUCUCAUUUUCUUAGGUUUGCUGGCUGAGCAAUCUCACUAUCCCAAUUCAUUAUCUCCAUCUCAUUUUGUUUUCUCUCUCCUCAUCCAUGUACAUUACCUUAACAUGGGGGGGAUCAGUCACACAUUUUCCAACACUCAGGCCCAAGAUAACAUAAUUGUAUCCUUCAAAUAAACAGGCACUAAGAAAGCAUCUAACAAUUAUUGUAUACGGCACAAGUUUCUUUAGAGAACACAUGCAGACAGUAUUCAGAUUAUCUCACCAUCACUUUUGUAGUGUUUUGUUACUAAAAAAUAUUUAGUUUCCUUUUGAUAUUUUUUUUUUUUUACACAUGGAUUUGCGGAAACAAGAACAUAGUUUUCCUUUAUUACAUCUUUGUACUGCAGUAUUUGUUAAAGUGUCACGUUCCUUUUCACUAUCCAGUUUUGACAAACUCAUAGCUUUUAGAUGCACAAUAUUUAUUUUGCGUUUUGUUUAGUCUUUGUACAAUGAAGAUAAAUGCUUUAACCUUUUAAAGCCGUUAUGCCGUUCCAUUCCGUCAUAAUUAGACUGGGCUUUAAAGCCGUUAUGACGGAAUGGAACGUCAUAACUAACGGCUGUCCUGAAGCCUUCUGUGCUUCAGGGAUUUAAUCGCGGUCUGGAGGGCGUUCCUAGGAUUGUAGGGACGCCCCCCAGAUGCGAUCCAAUAAUUGAAAUCUCGCGAUCGUAUGCACGAUCGCGUAGUUUCAAUUUGUCUACAUCGGAACAGUUGUUCCGAUGUAGGCACUUUAACCCUGUCACGAAAGGGUUAAAAAGUUGAUAGGCUACUAGUGUGGAAGGUUUGCCCACUUGUGUGCUGUCAUUAUAGCAAAAAGCAUGGGACAAACACUGCACAAAAUAGCAGCAUGAUUGUAAUGAGGAGGAGGUUAUUCUAAUAAGAGACCAGCAGAAUAAAAUGUCUUCAAGGGACAUGGAGUUGAUCUGUUAACAUUAAUGUAUUACUUCAAUUUCAGCAUUUGCAUCUUUUGAGAUAAUUAUUAAACAAAAACAUGAACUCUACAGACUCCAAAAUGAUGCCAUUCUACUCAAAAUGCACAUUAAACACCUUGAGAUUGUAAUUCAAAAUGUUUACCCCCCCAAAAAAAAAGAAAACAAACUAUUGUUGUAUAACAUUACUGCAAUAUUCCAAAGUGAUUGGUUGCACACUCAAGUGACCCAUUCACAACUGUUCUUAACUGGCUUCAGCAGGGAAGGAAACCUAGGUUAUUAUUUCUCCAACAUUGGUGUGUCCGGUCCACGGCGUCAUCCAUUACUUGUGGGAAUAUUCUCUUCCCUAACAAGAAAUGGCAAAGAGCACAGCAAAAGCUGCCCAUAUAGCCCCCCCAGUCAUUCUCUUUGCCGCUCUGAACAAUUAGCAUCUCCACGGAGAUGGUGAAGAGUAUGUGGUGUUUAGUUGUAGUUUUUUAUUCUUCUAUCAAGAGUUUGUUAUUUUAAAAUAGUGCCGGUUUGUACUAUUUACUCUAAAACAGAAAGGGAUGAAGAGUUCUGUUUAAAAGAGGAGUAUGAUUUUAGCAGCAGUAACUAAAAUCAAUUGCUGUUCCCACGCAGGACUGUUGAGCCCAGAGAACUUCAGUUGGGGGGAACAGUUUGCAGACUUUUCUGCUCAAGGUAUGACUAGUCCAUUUUCUAACAAGACUGUGUAAUGCUAGAAGACUGUCAUUUUCCCUCUUGGGGAUCGGUAAGCCAUUUUCUUAGACUCUUAACAGAAUGAAGGCUUAUUAUGGGCUAUACACUGGUUGACACUCUUGUGGGCUAAAUCGAUUGCUUUAUUUAAGUAUUUUAUGAAGUUUGAAGUGAUUUCUAAAACUUUUAUGAUGGGGAACGUUUUUAGGCGCCAGGCAGUCGUUUAGACACCUUUCCAGUCAGGAAGGGCCUUUCACUAUAGUAGGCAGAGCCUAAUUUUCGCGCCAUAAUUGCGCAGUUUAUUUUGGAUGCAGUGCAUGUGAGAGGGUCUGGUGAUCAUUGAAAACGUUCCUGGAAGGCUUAAUUUGGUAUCGUAUAACCCUUAAGGACAGGUGAAGUCGCAGCAAACGCUGGGACUGUAGUGGGGUUAUAAUUGUUAAUUGAUUAAACGGCUCCGGUUUCCUCAUUUAAGGGGUUAAAAGCUUGAAAAUUGGGGUGCAUGCUUUAAAAGCAUUAAGACACUGUGGUGAAAAUUUGGUAAAGAUUGGAUAUUUCCUUCUUAGUUUUUCACACAUUCAGAAAUAAAGUGUGCUCUGUUUAACAUUUAAAGAGACAGCCUGUCUAACAUGUCUGUACCUUCAGAUAGAACAUGUUCUGUAUGUAUGGAGACAAAGGUGGUCCCCCCUUCAAAUGUAUGCGAUAAUUGUGCCAUGGCGUCCAGACAAAGGAAGGACAGUACUGUCACAUUUAAUAAGGUUGCCCAAGAUGAUUCCUCAAAUAAAGGUAGUGGGGAUAGUUCUUCAUCCUCUCCUUCUGUGUCAACACCAGUUAUGCCCGCGCAGGCGACCCCUAGUACAUCUAGCGCGCCAAUGCUUGUUACUAUGCAACAAUUAACGGCAGUAAUGGAUAAUUCCAUUGCUAAUAUUUUAUCCAAAAUGCCAGCAUUUCAAAGAAAGCGUGAUUGCUCAGUUUUAAAUACAGUGGAGCAAGAAGGCGCUGACGAUAAUUUAUCUGUCAUACCCUCACACCAGUCAGAAGUGGCAGUGAGGGAGGGCUUGUCGGAGGGAGAACUUUCAGAUUCAGGAAGAAUUUCUCAACAGGCAGAACCUGAUGUUGUGACGUUUAAAUUUAAGUUAGAGCAUCUCCGCGCAUUACUUAAGGAGGUGCUAACUACACUGGAUGAUUGUGACUCUUUGGUCAUUCCAGAAAAAUUGUGCAAGAUGGACAAAUUCCUAGAGGUCCCGGUGCACCCUGAUGCCUUUCCGAUCCCUAAAAGGGUGGCGGACAUAGUGAAUAAGGAGUGGGAGAAACCAGGCAUACCUUUUGUCCCACCUCCUAUAUUUAAGAAAUUGUUCCCUAUGGUCGACCCAAGGAAGCACACAUGGCAAACAGUCCCUAAGGUUGAGGGGGCAGUUUCUACGCUAGCCAAACGCACGACUAUUCCCAUUGAGGACAAUUGUGCUUUCAAAGAUCCUAUGGAUAAAAAAUUGGAGGGUUUGCUUAAAAAAGAUUUUUGUUCAGCAAGGUUACCUCCUCCAACCAAUUUUGUGCAUUAUUCCUGUCACUACGGCGGCGUGUUUCUGGUUCGAUGAACUAGAAAAGUCGCUCAAUAUGGAGACUCCAUAUGAGGAAGUCAUGGACAGAAUUCACGCACUUAAGUUAGCUAAUUCCUUUAUUUUAGAUGCCGCUUUGCAAUUAGCGAGAUUAGCGGCGAAAAAUUCAGGGUUUGCAAUUGUGGAGCGCAGAGCGCUCUGGCUAAAGUCUUGGUCGGCGGAUGUAUCUUCCAAGACAAAAUUGCUUAAUAUCCCUUUCAAAGGUAAGACCCUUUUUGGGCCAGAAUUGAAAGAACUUAUUUCAGACAUCACUGGGGGGAAGGGCCAUGCCCUCCCACAGGAUAGGCCUUUCAAGGCUAAGAAUAAGUCCAAUUUUCGUUCCUUUCGUAAUUUCAGGAACAGACCGGCUUCUAACUCUGCAGCCUCUAGACAAGAGGGUAACGCUUCCCAGGCUAAACCAGCUUGGAAACCAAUGCAGGGCUGGAACAAGGGUAAACAGGCCAAGAAGCCUGCUGCUGCCACCAAGACAGCAUGAAGGGGUAGCCCCCGAUCCGGGACCGGAUCUAGUAGGGGGCAGACUCUCUCUCUUCGCUCAGGCAAGAGAUGUUCCGGAUCCCUGGGCACUAGAAAUAGUCUCUCAGGGUUAUCUUCUAGAAUUCAAGGAACUUCCUCCAAGGGGAAGGUUCCACAUGUCUCGCUUAUCUUCAGACCAAAUAAAGAGACAGGCAUUCUUACAUUGUGUAGAAGACCUGUUAAAGAUGGGAGUGAUACACCCAGUUCCAACUGUGGAACAAGGUCAGGGGUUUUACUCAAACCUGUUUGUAGUUCCCAAAAAAGAGGGAACUUUCAGACCAAUUCUGGAUUUAAAAAUUCUAAACAAAUUUCUCAGAGUUCCAUCGUUCAAAAUGGAAACCAUUCGAACAAUUUUACCUACAAUCCAGGAGGGUCAAUAUAUGACUACCGUGGAUUUAAAGGAUGCGUACCUACAUAUUCCUAUCCACAAAGAUCAUCAUCAGUUCCUAAGGUUCGCCUUUCUGGACAAACAUUACCAGUUCGUGGCUCUUCCGUUCGGUUUAGCCACUGCUCCUAGAAUUUUCACAAAGGUGCUAGGGUCCCUUCUGGCGGUUCUAAGACCGAGGGGCAUUGCAGUGGCACCUUAUCUAGACGACAUUCUAAUUCAAGCGUUGUCUUUUUCCAAGGCAAAGGCUCAUACAGACAUUGUUCUAGCCUUUCUCAGAUCUCACGGCUGGAAGGUGAACGUAGAAAAGAGUUCCCUGUCUCAGUCAACAAGAGUUCCCUUUUUGGGAACAAUAAUAGAUUCUUUAGAAAUGAAGAUCUUCCUGACAGAAGUCAGAAAGUCAAAGCUUCUAAACGCUUGUCAAGAUCUUCACUCUAUUCUGCAGCCUUCCAUAGCUCAGUGCAUGGAAGUAGUAGGAUUGAUGGUUGCAGCAAUGGACAUAGUUCCUUUUGCUCGAAUUCAUCUAAGACCAUUACAACUGUGCAUGCUCAAUCAGUGGAAUGGGGACUAUGCAGACUUGUCUCCACAGAUUCAAGUAGACCAGGUGACCAGAGACUCACUCCGUUGGUGGUUGACUCAGGAUCACCUGUCUCAGGGAAUGAGUUUCCGCAGACCAGAGUGGGUCAUUGUCACGACCGACGCCAGUCUAUUAGGCUGGGGCGCGGUCUGGGAUUCCCUGAAAGCUCAGGGUUUAUGGUCUCGGGAAGAGUCUCUUCUUCCGAUAAACAUCCUGGAACUGAGAACGAUAUUCAAUGCUCUCCGGGCUUGGCCUCAACUAGCGAAGGCCGGAUUCAUAAGAUUCCAGUCAGACAACAUCAGGGAGGAACAAAGAGUUCCUUGGCGAUGAGAGAGGUAUCCAAGAUCAUCAAAUGGGCGGAGGAUCACUCCUGCCAUCUAUCUGCAAUUCACAUCCCAGGAGUAGACAACUGGGAGGCGGAUUAUCUGAGUCGUCAGACUUUCCAUCCGGGGGAGUGGGAACUCCAUCCGGAGGUCUUUGCCCAGUUAACUCAAUUAUGGGGCAUUCCAGACAUGGAUCUGAUGGCGUCUCGUCAGAACUUCAAGGUUCCUUGCUACGGGUCCAGAUCCAGGGAUCCCAAGGCGACUCUAGUGGAUGCAUUAGUGGCGCCUUGGUCGUUCGACCUAGCUUAUGUGUUUCCACCGUUCCCUCUCCUUCCCAGGCUCGUAGCCAGGAUCAAACAGGAGAAGGCCUCAGUGAUUCUGAUAGCUCCUGCGUGGCCACGCAGGACUUGGUAUGCAGACCUGGUGAAUAUGUCAUCGGCUCCACCAUGGAAGCUACCUUUGAGACAGGAUCUUCUAGUACAAGGUCCAUUCGAACAUCCAAAUCUAGUUUCUCUGCAGCUGACUGCUUGGAAAUUGAACGCUUGAUUUUAUCCAAGCGUGGGUUUUCAAAUUCAGUGAUAGAUACUCUGGUUCAAGCCAGAAAACCUGUGACUAGAAAGAUUUACCAUAAAAUAUGGAAAAAAUAUAUCUGUUGGUGUGAAUCCAAGGGAUUCUCCUGGAGUAAGAUUAAAAUUCCUAAGAUUCUCUCCUUUCUCCAAGAAGGUUUGGAUAAAGGGUUGUCAGCGAGUUCUCUAAAAGGACAGAUUUCUUCUUUAUCUGUGUUGUUACACAAACGACUGGCAGCUGUGCCAGAUGUACAAGCUUUUGUGCAGGCUUUGGUCAGAAUCAAGCCUGUUUAUAGACCCAUGACUCCCCCUUGGAGUCUAAAUUUAGUUCUUUCAGUUCUUCAAGGGGUUCCGUUUGAACCUUUACAUUCCAUAGAUAUCAAGUUACUAUCUUGGAAAGUUCUGUUUUUGGUUGCUAUUUCUUCUGCUAGAAGAGUUUCUGAAUUAUCUGCUUUGCAGUGUGAUCCACCUUAUCUAGUGUUCCAUUCAGAUAAGGUUGUUUUGCGUACUAAACCUGGUUUUCUUCCAAAAGUUGUUUCCAACAAGAAUAUUAACCAGGAAAUAGUUGUUCCUUCUCUGUGUCCAAAUCCAGUUUCAAAGAAGGAACGUUUGUUACACAAUUUAGAUGUGGUCCGUGCUUUAAAGUUCUAUUUAGAUGCAACAAAGGAUUUCAGACAAACUUCAUCUUUGUUUGUUGUUUAUUCUGGUAAGAGGAGAGGUCAAAAGGCUACUGCUACCUCUCUUUCUUUCUGGCUGAAAAGCAUCAUCCGAUUGGCUUAUGAGACUGCCGGACGGCAGCCUCCUGAACGAAUCACAGCUCACUCUACUAGGGCUGUGGCUUCCACAUGGGCCUUCAAGAAUGAGGCUUCUGUUGAUCAGAUAUGUAAGGCAGCGACUUGGUCUUCUCUGCACACUUUUGCCAAAUUCUACAAAUUUGAUACUUAUGCUUCUUCGGAGGCUGUUUUUGGGAGAAAGGUUUUGCAAGCCGUGGUGGCUUCCGUUUAGGUAACCUGAUUUGCUCCCUCCCUUCAUCCGUGUCCUAAAGCUUUGGUAUUGGUUCCCACAAGUAAUGGAUGACGCCGUGGACCGGACACACCAAUGUUGGAGAAAACAGAAUUUAUGCUUACCUGAUAAAUUACUUUCUCCAACGGUGUGUCCGGUCCACGGCCCGCCCUGGUUUUUUUAAUCAGGUUUGUAAAAUUUCUUUCUCUAUACACUACAGUCACCACGGCACCCUAUAGUUUCUCCUUUUUUUCUCCUAACCGUCGGUCGUAUGACUGGGGGGCGGAGCCUGAGGAGCUAUAUGGGCAGCUUUUGCUGUGCUCUUUGCCAUUUCCUGUUAGGGAAGAGAAUAUUCCCACAAGUAAUGGAUGACGCUGUGGACCGGACACACCGUUGGAGAAAGUAAUUUAUCAGGUAAGCAUAAAUUCUGUUUUUUGUAUUAUUAUUUAAAUAUCUCAAUUUUUGAAAAAUAGAUCUGUGUAUUAUCCUCAGGGUAAUUUUUACAAUGAAUACUUUGGAAUAUCUAGCAUUUAUUUAAUGUUUAGUAUCCCAUUAAAGGGACAUGAAACCUAAAAUGUAUCUUGUGAUUCAGAUUUAAAAAAAACUUCCCAAUUUACUUUGGUUAUCAAUUUUGCUUCAUGGUAUCUUUUUUGUAGGAGGAGCAAUGCACUACUGGGAGCUAGCUGGACACAUUGGUAAGCCAAUGACAACAGAAAUAUGUGCAGCUCAUGUGCCUACCUAAGUAUGCUUUUGGAAAGUUGUUUAAAAUUGCAAACCAUCUGAAUGAGAGAAAAAAAAUUGGGUUUGAUGUCCCUUUAGGGCCGUAAGCUAAGCUUCUGCAUAAAUGAAACGGCAUUAGAAGUGUAUGUUGCUUAGCACAGAGAAGCUCUGGUUUACUUUAUCGAGGAACAAAAUAAAAUUCAUAUUGGGGACAGCACAUUGAAAGUUAUAGCUGUAGCCUUUAACCUUUUACAUUGCAAAAACUCAACAAAAAAAAAGGGAAAAGUUAGCUUUGAAAAGCUGGAAUGGAAGGGAUACAUUAAAAGCGAUUAUCAACUCAAUGUCUUUUUAAAGUGAAGGUCAAUUUUGAUGAAUUAGUGCCCGUUUUUUAAUAAUCCUAUUAAAAACAAGGACACUUUAAUUUAUUAAAAUUGACAUUUCACUUCUUUUCUUCAAAAACUUUCCUUUUAAUCCUGACAGCCACUGCAGCGCUUCCUCCGCCUGUCGCAAGCCCUCGUCGCGGGUCCAAAACGACGAAUCCGGCUACCUCCAUUCACUGCGUUUGCCUCAGGCCAUGAUUCCCCUGGGGGGAAGCCAUGAAUGGAGGAAGCCAGAUUCGUCAUUCUGACGUAUGAAGAGGCUUCCGACGGCCCGGGGAAUCGCUGGAGCGGCUGUCAGGAUUAAAAGGUAAGUUUUUAAAGAAAACUAGUGACAUGUCAAUUUUGAUGAAUUAAAGUGCCCUAGUUUUUUAAUAGGAUUAUUAAAAACCAGGCACUAAUUCAUCGAAAUUGACCUUCACUUUAACAUUACCUCUCAUAUAUAGAAAUAAAGAUUAACUUGAGAGAUCAUUUUUUACUUCAGAACUUAACAAAACAGGCAGCUAGCUUCUCAUUGGUAAUAGGGCAUUCUUUUAUCUCUGUUUUGUAAUCUGUGUGCACUACAGUUUUACAUUAAAUGGUUUUCUGAUCAUAAAGAUUAUUCUUGUAGGAAAACUGGUUUAUCUCUUACUUACUGAGAGUGAAGGAGUCUCAACUGAAUACACUGGGAUAUUUACACACAAAAAAUGUAAACAAAUUGGGCAUCAAAUCUGUAUAUUCUGAAAAUUUUAUUUAUCUAUGGGAAUAAACUUUUUAAACAGAA